GAUGCUUGCGCGGUACCUUCUGUGCUCUCCAAUCGUAUCGUGUGUUUAUCUCCCGCGCCAGUGUCUGGUUCCAUCUACUUAGUGUCUAAUAUACAGAAAUAGUCCUAGUUUGAGUUUUAGCACAUUUAAAAAUGCCUUAUUUUACAUAUUAUUAUAUUACUUUUAAAUGUUGUUAUUAAGAAAAAGUGCAUUUCAUUUAUAAUACGUAGACUAUGCAGUUAUUUGAUAUUACUGUUUUCCGUAGACUGUUUAUCUACGCUUCUCUCCUCUUCCAUAUUUUGAAAUGUAAUUGCUAAACAGUGCUAGCUUCUAAGUUGUGAAAUAAAUAUCCGAUAUGGAGAAAUCGACUCAUUCCGACAAAACCGAAAUGGCCUCAGUUUCUGAGCAAGAGCUGGUCCCCGAAAAAGAGAGGAAACGGUCAAAGUCUGAAGAUUCGCGGGGUAGCUCGAUAUCAUCGGAGAUGAGCAGCGACUUACACAAGGGUGCUCGUCGGAGGUCCAAGGAGAGCGCGAUCACGGAAGAAAGAUCGAUCAGUCAAAGGAUAAGCAAAGCGAUCGAAGAAGAAGACGCCUUCUUGGACUACAUCAAAGCUCUCCCAGCAAUGUCCAAUGAGAAGAUCGAGGCUUAUAAGAAAUCGCAGUUGCCAGUGUACAAGAGAUCGACCUCCGAGGUCGCCGGAGGUAUCGAACAUCUCGAUAACCUCUACCGAUUGAUGGAACAUUUGGGUCAACUCAGGAUACAGAAUUCUAAACUGCAAGAACGAGUGAAGUACUUGGAAAACAUCGCUCAGGAGGAUGUGGCCAUCUCGCAGAAAGUGGAACAAGAAAUGGAGGUGGACGAAAACAAGCAACAUUCGAGAAACAAAAGGAGCACCAAGUGUAAGUCGUCGCACUACGGGCUACGUCAGACCUUCAUGAAGAGCACAACGGGAGCGUAG